AAUAAUAACUUCACUUAAUCAAGUGCAACCAAGAUAUAAAAGAGUAAAAUUUUGAAGGGCAGCCAGUACUUUAUUCACUUAAAUCUGAACAAGACGUGUAGAAAAAUGCGUGUGUUUAUUUUCGCUAUACUAGUAGCCUGUGCGGAAUUUUGCGUCUCGACUCCGAGACCUCACAACUUCGAUUUAAAAGGAACUCAUUUGUUAGAACCCUGCAAUGUCCACAUUGAUGUAUCGCACGAAUAUCGCUCCGAUCUUUACGAAUUCGCGAUAUCAAUGUACCGAGCCGUCGCUGCAAGGAAAGAGAUCAACUUCGUAUAUUCUCCACUCUCAGUCUGGAUCAUGUUAGCAGGUUUGGCUGAAGGCUCAGACCCCUACACCCAGCAACAGUUGUUCAGUCUUCUAAAACUUCCCUACGAUGCUUGUACCCGUCAGAAAUACUACCAAUAUGCUGGAUCUCGUCUUGUACCAUCUGAAGAUGUCAAAAUCAUAAGCAACCGUGUUCUGCUACUCGAUGCUGGCGUCACUCCAAACCCAACUUGGUAUGAUCUGGUGCUGAAGAACAAUAUAAUGGAUGUAUUGACCGCUCCUCUGCAUUACAAUCCAGUUGCAACGACGAACGAGUUAAGGAGACUCCUGAAUGCGCACCUACCUAGUAUCAACUUGAAAGGAAAUUCAAUCCUUGUGGAUACUGUGGACUACAACGGGCUUUGGACCACAGAGUUCGCUGAUGCAAGGAUUGAAAGGGCUCCGUUCUAUGACCAGUUAGGUAACGCGAUCGGAUUUGUGGAUCUCAUGAAAGUGACCAAACGCGCAAAGUUGGGAUACGUCAAAAGCUUGAAAGCAAAGGUUGUAGAGUUGCCGGUUGGUGGAAAUGAGCAGUACAAGAUGAUUUUCGCGUUGUUCCCUGAAACAGACAAUGUGAGGAAUACUUUCAACUUGGUGACCAGCGAAAUUGUCUUCGAGAUGUUUGAUUCGUUUAAGGAAAGUAAUGUGCCCGUUGAGAUUGCUAUCCCGCGUUUCGUGACCACCAAUGAACUAGAUAUAAGGACCGUGGUUGAAGAUCUUGGAGUCACUAGUUUGUGGACUGACCCGGCAGCUACCAGGAACGUGUCUCACCCACCAGCAUUGCCAAGCAGUUGGGUGCACCGAGCGACUUUAACCCUGGACAACCAUGGCGUCUACUCUUCACCAUUCGAAGUGCCACAAGCAACCCCAUACGUUGCCGAAGGACCAACAGGACUUGAUCCUAAAGUAGGCAAUGAGUUCACGGCAGACAGGCCUUUCUUGUUUGCUCUGUUUGAUGUAGAAACUCUCACUUGUUUGGUAGCUUCUUCGUUUAGCGUGCCUACUUAUAAGUAGACUGGGACAGAUUUAAAUUUAAUACUGGUUGGUUUUGUCUUUUUGGUGAUGGCUUUUGAGAAUUGUUUGAAGUACAUAACAAAAUAUUAUUAUUCGUUUUAUUGUUCUGUGUAUUAUGUUGAUGUUAUUUUUUUCGCAAAUUUUGUAACU